GGUAGUGAGGCCCAAAUGAGCCAAGAUGGGGGAAGCACUCCGCAAGGGGAAGUUACUAAUCUUUCCCCGACCCCAUGCGUCUCUGAAAGAAGCACUGAGGUCAGGCGCUACUUGGGAACCGGGACACGGCCGCGUGGACAUGGGGGCGGCCGGCGCUGGGAUCGGGAGGCGGGUCGUGCCGGGAGCCGGUGCGGCUGUCAAUCAAGUCCGCCGUGGGGCGGGGCGGGGCGGUGCUUCCGCCUGCGCGUGGUCGAGCCGGGCCGCUCGCCGGCGCCCGGGACUGUGGGGAAACCGCGCCCGCAGCCGCCGGCCGCGCGGCCGGACGAGAGGGCGAUGGAGCUGGAGCCCGAGCUGCUGCUGCAGGAGGCCCGGGAGAACGUGGAGGCGGCGCAGAGCUACCGGCGGGAGCUGGGCCAGAGGCUGCAGGGGCUGCGGGAGGCGCGGAGGCAGAUCAAAGAGAGUGCAUCACAGACAAGAGAUGUUCUCAAACAGCAUUUUAAUGAUUUAAAGGGAACGCUUGGGAAGCUCCUGGAUGAGCGAUUGGUGACCCUUUUGCAAGAGGUGGACACGAUUGAACAGGAAACCAUUAAACCUCUAGAUGACUGCCAGAAGCUCAUAGAGCAUGGAGUUAAUACUGCAGAGGACUUAGUCCAAGAAGGGGAGAUUGCCAUUCUUGGUGGCAUAGGAGAACAGAAUGAAAAACUGUGGAACUUUACCAAAAAGGCCUCACACAUUCAGUUGGACAGCUUACCAGAAGUGCCUUUACUGGUUGAUGUGCCUUGUUUGUCUGCUCAGUUGGAUGACUCAAUUCUGAACAUAGUGAAAGACCACAUUUUCAAGCAUGGAAUGGUAGCAUCUCGCCCACCAGUUCAGAUCGAAGAGCUAAUAGAGAAACCGGGAGGCAUCAUUGUUCGAUGGUGUAAGGUGGAUGAUGACUUUACAGCCCAGGAUUACAGGCUCCAGUUCCGCAAAUGCACUUCAAAUCAUUUUGAGGACGUAUACGUAGGCUCUGAAACUGAGUUCAUAGUGUUGCACAUAGACCCCAAUGUUGAUUAUCAGUUCAGAGUCUGCGCCCGAGGAGAUGGCCGACAGGAGUGGAGUCCUUGGAGCGUCCCCCAAAUGGGUCACUCCACGUUGGUGCCUCAUGAGUGGACAGCUGGCUUUGAGGGGUACAGCCUGAGUAGUCGAAGAAAUAUAGCCCUCCGGAAUGAUUCUGAAUCCUCGGGUGUGCUCUACUCCAGUGCUCCAACUUAUUUCUGUGGGCAGACAUUGACAUUCAGAGUUGAAACUGUGGGACAGCCAGACAGAAGAGACAGUAUAGGAGUGUGUGCAGAAAAACAGAAUGGAUACGACUCUCUGCAGCGUGAUCAAGCAGUGUGCAUCAGUACAAAUGGUGCGGUUUUUGUAAAUGGAAAAGAAAUGACUAAUCAGUUGCCAGCAGUUACUUCUGGGUCCACUGUCACAUUUGACAUUGAAGCUGUGACUCUAGGAUCCACCAAUAAUAACGAAGGAGGAAACUUCAAGCUUCGAGUAACUAUUAGCUCAAAUAACAGAGAAGUGGUUUUUGAUUGGUUACUUGAGCAAUCUUGUGGUUCUCUUUAUUUUGGUUGCUCAUUUUUCUAUCCUGGAUGGAAAGUGUUGGUGUUCUAGAUUUUUGGAUGAUUGGCUUUGGUUUUGCGGGGUUUUAAAUGUAGCUGUCCUCAGCUCAGUUUAGUUGUAAUUGGUUAAAAAAAACUGUUAGAUUCAUCUCUCAGUUAAGCCAUUGGAAAUGGAAAUUGUUUACUGGAUUUUUUGGAAUAUUUUAGCAAUAAGAGAUUUGACUGUUGUGGACAAAACUGUAGUGCAGUCAGUCUUGUAGCGUAGUAUUAGUUGAAGUAUCAGCAUCACGAUAAAAAUGAAAUUGGCUUUUAACGUAUGAGGAGAUACAGAAAGUCCUAUACCCUUCCACUGUGUACUUCUUGAAAAGUUGAUUAUUAGAACAGAAAAACUUAAUGUAACAUUAUCUUAUUAAAUUUCUAUUUUUUAAGGAUCCCAGGCCAUGUAAAACUUUAGGAUCAAACAGUAGGAAUAGACCAGCUAGAAGCCGGAGUUCUGUAACAUACAUUCAGUUGUGUGCUCUCCACAUGAGUGGUGAAUAUACUCUCCAUAUUCAGGUAUUUGUAAACAGUAUUGAAUUUUAUCUCAUGUUCAGUAAUCUUUAAAGUCCCAAAAACGUGAUGAUAUUUGCAUUGUUAAAAAUUACUGAGCAAAUGUCUACACUAGGCAGAGUAUUUUCUUUUUUUUUUCUGUGCAGUUCGAUUCAUGAUAGACUAGAGGAUUUUUACAGGGUAAAACUACUCAUGAAAGUAGUAUGUACAGCAGUAGCUGUUCACAUAUAUGUAAUAUACACAUGUGCAUAGCCAGCCUCAGCGAUGUGUAUGUUACUGCUCAUAGGGUAUGAGCUACAGUCCAGUUUAAUGUCAGUUUUAUAAACGGUCUUUUAGUGGACCAAACAAAUAUAAGGUAAAUACUUGACCUAUUUUUUGAAAAACUUAAAUUUGUUUAAGAUAUUUAUUUGAAGGACUUACUUAGUGUUUAAAAAUGAUUAUCUUAACUUGCUAUACCAGCCUACAGAUUUUUUUUUAAUGUGAAUUUUUUUCCUUCAUUUUUAACAGUAGAAAUGUGGAAAAGCAAGUUUGAUAUUUUUCUAAGAUAAUUUAUUUGGGGAUCAAGUUCCCUGUUAGACAAUCAUGACCUUUUCCCCUUGCGUUUUUAUGUAUAAGUAAGCCGUCUUUCAUUUGUUUAGUGAUUGUUAAGAUGUGCUAGAAUGUAGAUGCCUCGUCCAGCUGUCUGAAACAAAAUAAAAAACUAAAAGUUAAA